CCUUGUUUUCGGACCCCCACCAUCUCCUCUCCCCUUAUUUCGUCCAUCCAUCUCGGGAUGCGUCGCGCGCUCCUCGCAUCUACGCUCGUUUCUCUCCUCUCUCUCUCCGCCGCGCAGAAUGCGGGCAGCCCGGGAACGCCGCCCACGGGCUCGAGCGUGGUCGUUUCGAGUAGUCAGGCCACCGGGUCUGUGGCCGGUGGCUCCGUGGCUGUGGUAGAUCCCUCCGGUUGGCGGAAGCCCGCUCUGGCCGCAUCUGUUGCAGAGCGCACAGCCGCGGCGUCCGGUGCACUAAAGGAGGCGGCCGACGCGCUCGCGGGGGCUGACCAAUUCACGUCGUACGGUGGAAAGACGUACCUCGCGUUUGCCAAUACGUUUGCUGCGAUGGCGGAACUCGACGCCCUGGCCGCCACUGCCGCGAAUAAGGACGCGCUGAAGGGCUAUUUGGGCAAGACGGAGGGCGUCAGGGCGGGGUUCCAGGAUAAUCACGUGAGCGAUAUUCUGCAGGAUUGGAACUUUCUUGACUCACUUGCGUUCUCCUCAUCUAGGUCGCCUACGGACUCGCAUACGGCUACGCUGCCAUCCAGGCCUACUCCGCCUACUCCGACCCCAUUUUUCAGCAAUACGCCGUCGAUUCAUUGCAACGGUGCCUCGCUCGCUGGCGGAACGUUUGCAACGACAACGGCAACGGACCCGACGGUCAGCGCGACCGCAACCGCCUACUUCUCACUACUGUCCGCUCUUCUGUAUGAAUCGACGAAAAAUACGACCUACCUCGACGCGGCGACGACCUCGCUGGCGUUCAUCCGCACACAGCUUCUCGCCCUUUCGAACAACACGAACCCGGCGGGACUGGUACAGCUGAUUGCAAAAGUGUAG